CGAAAAAUACCUUUGAUUUUGACACGUCUCUGGAUUCUCCUGUCCUGGCUGAUUUGUCCAGCUUCUUUUUGUCUAAAAAAUAAAAUAAUCGUCCGCCCUCCGACCACACCCACAGAGAGAAGAAUGACGUCCUUGGGAGGAGUAAUUUCCAAGUUUAUGGGGGAGUAUGAUUCCAAAACGCCGAAAAGGUUGAAGAUUGUGGACGCCUAUCUUUUCUACAUCCUCCUCACCGGCAUUAUCCAGUUUGUUUACUGUUGUCUCGUGGGGACGUUUCCCUUCAACUCUUUCCUCUCCGGGUUCAUCUCUUCAGUCGCCUCCUUCGUCCUGGCUGUUUGUCUUCGGAUUCAAGUCAACCCGGAGAAUAAGAGUUUGUUCCUCGAUAUCAGUCAAGAACGAGCUUUUGCUGAUUUCGUCAUUGCCCACUUGCUCCUCCACUUGGUCGUCGUCAACUUUAUUGGAUAAGCCUAAUAGUCUAUUUAAUCCCUUCCUUGUAUUUCUAUUUAUACAUGAAUGAGUAUGAGGACUAUUAUCUAACUCAUUCCACAUUGUUAACACAUUAAAUUCAUAUUUUUCAAUUCUCCAGCAUGGUUAUUGUUAAAGCUAGUUGUUAUAUGAGCGGUGCGAAUUACCAAAAAAAAGUUUUAAUAAAUUGGAGAUGUAUGGUUCGGUA